GAUGACGAGAACCUCGUGUGGUGGGACGGCGACGACGACCCCGAGAACCCGUACAACUGGCCUUCGUGGAAGAAGAUCCUCAACAGCGCCCUCAUCAGCGCUCUUUCGUUCAUCACGCCCUUGGCUUCAUCCAUGUUCGCGCCCGGCGUCCCCGACCUGAUGCAGGAAUUCCACAGCACAAGCCAGGAACUCGCCGCCUUCUGCGUCUCCGUCUACGUCCUCGGCUUCGCAGCCGGGCCCAUGCUCUUUGCGCCGCUCUCCGAGCUCUACGGCCGCUCCAUCAUCUACAACAUCACCAACGUUGGCUUCAUCGUCUUCGUCAUCGCCUGCGCGCAAGCCCCCUCCAUGACGACGCUCAUCAUCUUCCGCUUCCUCAGCGGCAUCUUCGGCUCCUGCCCCAUCACCAACGGCGGCGGCUCCAUCACCGACAUGAUCCGCCAGGACCGCCGCGGCGCCGCAAUGGCCUGCUUCGCCAUCGGCCCGCUGCUCGGCCCCGUCGUCGGCCCCGUCGUCGGCGGCUUCAUCACCACGGGCCUCGGCUGGCGCUGGGUCUUUUACAUCAUGGCCAUCCUCUCGGGCACCCUGGCCCUGCUCUACGCCCUCCUCGCCCGCGAGACGUACGCCCCCGUCCUGCUCCGCCGCAAAGCCGACCGCCUGCGCAGCCAGACGGCCAACCCCCUGCUGCGGUCCAAGCUCGACCCGGGCCUCUCCCACGCCGCCUACCUCCGGCGCGGCAUCCUGCGGCCCUUCAAGAUGCUCGUCCUCUCCCCGAUCAGCAUCAUCUGCGGCGUCUACGUCGGCGUCGUCUACGCCUACCUCUACCUCCUCUUCACCAGCCUCACGCCCCUCUUCAUGGAAAUCUACCACUUCAAGACCAGCUACGCCGGCCUCACCUUUCUCGGCAUCGGCUUCGGCAGCAUGAUUGGCGUCGCCUUCUUCUCCCUCACCAGCGACAGCAACAUCAAGAAAAAGGCUGCCGAGGAGGCCCUGGCCGCAGAGGCAGAGGGCCGCGCCCCCGAGGGCAUGAAGCCCGAGUACCGCCUCUCGCCGCUCAUGGUCGGCGCCGUCGUGCUUCCCAUGGGCUUCUUCAUCUACGGCUGGACCGCCGAGUACAAGGUCCACUGGAUCGCGCCCAUCAUCGGCACUGUCGUCAUUGGCGUGGGCGACCUCAUCGUCUACAUGUCCCUCCAAAUGUACCUCGUCGACACAUUCACCGUCUACGCAGCCUCCGCCCUCGCCGCCAACGCCGUCAUCCGCUCCGUCGCCGGCGCCGUCCUGCCCCUCGCCGGCCUGCCCAUGUACGACCGCCUGGGCAUGGGCUGGGGCAACAGCAUCCUCGGCUUCAUCGGCGUCGCGCUGUCCCCCGUCGCCUGGCUCUUUCUCAGGCACGGCGAGAGGCUGCGGAAGAGAUUUGAGAUUAAGAACUUGUAG